AUGAGCGCGACCUCCUCGGUAGACCAAGCCGCACGCCAACUCCUGGGUUCACAUCAUGCCGAAAACGCCGACGACGUCUCCGCGGUGAGCGACGCGAAGGCGUCGGGGGACUGCCGCCGCGCGUGGUUGGGUUCCGCCCACUAUGCGGCGGUUGACAAGAUGCGCCUCGACGGGACGCUGGCCGAACUCGUGGACAACGCGGGCGACGCCGGCGCGACGCGCGUGGACAUCGACUGUGACGACGCGACAAUUACCAUCGCCGACGACGGCUGCGGCUGCGACGCGGCGGGCAUCGGCGCCCUGGGCGGCCACCGCACGUCGACGCGGACCGACGCGUCCGAGCGCUUCACGGGCAAGUUCGGCCAGGCCUUCACGCGCGCCGUGUUAUCAUUGGGCGACACGUGCACGGUCAUCUCGUACCAGGGCCUGGUCUUCCACGUCGGCCUGCUCUCGAAAAGACUCCAGAUAGAGUCGAACACGCGCGAGUGCCUGUUGCCCGUCGCGAGCUUUCGCUACCCGUCGGGGUACGAGGAGAAGGUCGUGGAGGUGGUCGAGGACGAAGACGGCCAGCUCUGGAACAAAGGGAGCUUGAUCUUCGAGCGCCUCAUCAAGGCCAAUUUGGAGAACAUCCUCGCCUACGGCUGCGCGGACACCAAGGACGCGCUCGUGGCCCUCGCGAACAAAUACCGGCGCGCGAACGGCCUCAUCAUCAUCGUGUCCGACCUCGACAAGCGGGUCGUGCCUUGCCAGGCGGACAAAACGAUCUACUUCAAGCAGAGCGAGGGCCAGCGAAGCAAGACGAGGGACGACGUGUAUCCCUACCGGCAGGACGCGCGCCACGCGCUGGGUUGGCAGUACGUGGUCUGCUCGGGCGCCGCGGAUCAAUUGCCCGAGGAGUAUAAAGAGCUCGCGGUGGCGCCGCUGCGGCCGAAAAUAGUGAUGUGUGGGCAGGAGCUCGAGGCGGUCGACAUCGCGCCGGAACGGCGGAGCAGCGGGCCGGUGGUGUCCAACGGCAUGGAGGUGAAGGAGAUUCGCUUCGACCGCCGCAAGGCCGCCGCCGUGACCAUCUUCACGCAUUCGCUCGACGUCGAGGCGCCUCGCCGGAGCCACGAGGAGCGUUCGACGCACUGGCCGCACGGGCUCAUCGGCCUGCGCGUCGGCAAGACGGCGCGCGCGACGUACCCCCUCCCGGUCGAGAAGGUGGGCGGCAACCCCCGCGUGGUCGACGACCUCAUGGCGGGGCGGGGCGCUCUGACGCUCUUCUUCUUCCAGGACGAGGAGCAUCACUCGGCGAACGAGGAACAAAUUCUCGUGUCCAAGGACAAGAUGGACCUCAGGCUCCCUACCGACUCCGAGGCGAAGGCUCACAUCUUCUUUGGCACGCACGCCGCGCAGAGCAAGGCCAUCGUGACGAGGUACGAGCGCGAGAAGAAGAAGGCCGAGGCGCGCGCCGCCGCCGCCGCCGCGCCGCCGCGCGCGCCGCCGCCGCGCUUAGCGACGCUUCUAGGCGCGCCUCUGCCCCCGGAAGGGUCGGACGAAGAGAUGCCGGCGCCGCCGCCUCGGCCGCCGAAGAAGCGCCGCAAGCGCAAGCCCGCGGCGCCACCGCCGCCGCCCCUCACGAGCAAGCGCACGCGCCAGACGCCCGCCGAGAAGAGCGUCGCGAAGCGCGUCCAGCAAGCGAUGGAUUUACUGCAGACUGGCGCGAUGCAAUUUGCCGACGUGCACGGGACCGGUGCAUCCAUCAUCUUCACCGAGCGCGACGGCACGUUUGAGGUCGAGAUCAAGCGGGGCGACGACGACGACGCCACCCAAGAUUGAACGACCCCGCCGAGUUACUUUUUCGAGUUGAAUUGUUA